AUGAUGGUGCUGGUUCUGGUGUUGUAUUGGGCCGCAAGAAGCCCGCAGCCAUGCCACUGCCAGUCCGUACCGACGGCGCUCCAGUUCUGUACUGAGCCAUAUAGAGCCCAGGGCCGUGAUGGUGCCAGUACCGUGCCGUUGUACGAGCUGUACCGAGAACAGGCCCGUGACAGUGCCAGUACCGUACCGAGCCAUACCCAGUCCGGUGCCGUGCCAGGCCAUGCGUAUCCCGAGCAUCCCCUGUACCGAACCGCACCGGCUCGGGGUCGUGUCCCCGUCGUCCCCCCCUUCCCGUGCCGGUGCCAGAGCCGCCCCGUUGGGGCCGAGCCGCCCGUAGCCGGCGCCGCCCCCGGCAGCAGCAGCAGCAAGAGCAGCCCCGGGUCGGUGGAGCUGGCGGCGGCGCGGCGGCGGCUGGUGGCGGCGGAGGGACGGCGGCGGGCGGCGGCGGAGCUGGAGGGCCGGGUGCUGCAGGUGCACUGCGCCCUGCGGCACGCGGAGCUGCGCCUGGCCGCCCGCGCGGAGGCUCUGGGCCGGCUCGGAGCCGGCGUGGCCCAGGCUCAGCUGGCUCUGGCUGCGCACACGCAGCGCCUGCAGAAGGGGCUCCGCCGCCGACCCCGGCCCCGGCCCGGUGCGCUCCUGGCGGCCGCCCGCGCCCUCCGCAGCUGCGUGCCCUGGGCCCCCGCCCGCGCCCGCGGGGCCGCCGCUCCGCCCGCUGCCGCCCGCCGCCUGCCCGCCGCGCCCCGCAGCCCCGCCUAG